AUGUCCAUUCUGAACGGGGCGGGGUCCAGCUCAGAGACUCUCGCGCAGGAGAAGCAGACAUUGCGGGCACAAGAUGACGCGGGCGGGGGCACGUCCAAGUUUAUCAGCUUCUUCUGUCCGACUAUCGCAAUAUCGCAAUAUCGCAACAUCUUAAUAUUCGAAAAGCGCAACAUUCGAGAUGGGGUCAGCGGCCAAGUCGCCGGCACGAGCAGGCUCGUCGCGAGUCCGCACUCCCAGGCGACCUUCCAAGGCAGCGGCUCGUACGUCGUAUUUGACUGGGGCAAGGAGUUCGGGGGGAUCCUGUCGCUGACGAUCAACAACGCGACGGCGCAGUCCCAGUUCUCGCUGUCGCUCACCGACCUGCGCCGGCAGCUGCAGAACUGGGACGUGAUCCAGACAUUCCACGCGCCGCUCGCCACGGGGCUGCUGGCGCAGACCGUGGGACAGCAGUGCGGCGGGUUACGCUUCCUGACAAUUGUGAGUGCGAGCGCGGACCCGCUGGCGAUUACGUUUAUGCCCCACUGGGACGAUCUCAAGGCGUACCCGGGCUACUUCUACGCACCUAACCCCGGGUUUCACGACAUCGACUUCCUGGCGAAGAUCUUGUACGCCGGCACGUAUACGGUGCAGAACAACACAAUCCCUCCCCGCAUGGUGCGACAGGGGCCGUGGCCCGCAGGAGGUGGCUGGUCCAACAAUGCCUUGGGAGGUUCUGUGAUUGGGCCUAUCCUCGUCGAUGGAGCAAAACGUGACAGGAACAUCUGGCCAGGUAAUCCCUCAUGCUCAGGGCCGCGAUCUAAGCCUCGGAAUCACGCGACGGAUCAGGCGACUGCGAAGCCAACCACCGGCGCGCUGCAGUACUCUGGGCCGCUGCUGAACAAUCAGGGCAGCGAUAAGUACAUCUCGUGGUCGCUCAUCGGGACGCACAACUACUUCUUGUAUAUGGGCGACCUCGAUUUCGUCAAGUCUGUCUGGCCAAACUACACCAAGGCGGUCGGCUUCCUUGAAGGUCAGGUGGACUCGACGGGCCUGAUGACCGUCCCGUCUUCAUUCUCGAAUGACUGGGGCAGGGCAGGAGGCGCCGGAAACAGGUCGCAGACGCUCGUCACCGCGACGGACCUGGCGACGCAUCUCGGCAACGUCCCCCUCGCCACCACAUACCUCGCCAACGCAACCAAAAUGCAAACCGCGCUCAACAGCCUGCUGUGGGACGCCGCUGAGGGCCUGUUCCGCGAGAACGACGUCCCGACAAGCAUCUACCCGCGGGCCGGCAACGCGUUUGCGGUCCUGUACAACCUCACGACAUCGGAUGCACAGAACAAGGCCGUGAGUGCUGAACUUUACAUGAAGAUUAAAUCACCAGCAGUCGAUCGCAACUCAUGCUGGGAAGUUUAUUUACAGCUUUUGGCCAAGUUCAAGGCCCUCGACGGUGAGCGUCUGGCUUUCUGGGAGAGAGGUCCAUGGACAGGUCUACGAGACCUGUCCAUGGACUUGAGCACUCCUGCGGUACUCCAAAUACUCCACAUCAUUGAUCUCGACGACAACGACAACGAUCAACAUGCUGUCCACGUCGGCUGA